UUAGAAACCCUAGAGGCAACUAUGACAUUGUAAGAAACCUAAGGGAACGGGGUGUUAGGGUUUAAGAGCAGAAAGGGUUUUUGUGCUCGUUGGUUCUGUUUUCUAUAUUCGUAUAUCGUCUCCAUUUCUGCAUUUCCUUACUCGCAUUCCAUUAUGUGGGCAAUUCGAAGAGCCUCUGUCCGUAUCAAGUCCCAACCUUCUUCAUCAGUAACUUUCCGUUCUUCCUCUGCUAAAUUUGAAACAACAAGUUCCAGUUACACUGACAACACUAACUUCAGCGAGCCACCACCACUUGUAUCCAACAGAUCCCUACCAAUAAAUAGAUUUUAUUCCCAGACACAUGGCAAUCAAAGCUUCUUGAUCGGGAAUCAUAGCUUUUCCUCACAGGCUGGAACAGAGAGUAGUGGGGAAGAAGAUGAUGCUCAAAACAAUAGUUUUUCUUUUAAUGAUAUUAGUGACAGUGGACUGAUUUCUGAAGCUGACAAGUCUGAAUCUGAAUCUGAAUCUGAAGAUGAUGAUAUUGCUGUGAAAGAGCCUCAAAAUGAGCUGAAUUUAUCAGAUAACGAGGAAGAAGAAGAAGCUGUAGAAACCAAAGGUGAAGAAAGAAGAGGUCCUUCAGGAUUGUUUAAGGUUAUGGUAAAUUCUUCAUCAAUGGUUGCUGCUAAAAAAGCUCUAGAUAAGUGGGUUGAAGACGGAAAUGAUCUAUCUAGAUCAGAAAUAUCAGGUGCAAUGUUUGAACUCAGAAGGCGAAGGAUGUUUGGGAAGGCCUUACAGCUAUCAGAAUGGUUAGAGGGGCAAGAAAAAGUAGAAUUCGGGGAGAGAGAUUAUGCAUCCCGUGUUGAUUUAUUCGCGAAAACCCGUGGAUUACAAAAAGCCGAAAGCUACAUCGAGAAGAUUCCGGAAGCUUUUCGAGGUGAAGUAGUUUAUCGAACUCUCUUAGCUAAUUGUGUUCAAAUCACCCACACAAAAAAAGCCGAACAAAUCUUCAACAAAAUCAAAGACCUCAAACUCCCAAUAACCGCUUUCUCCUGCAACCAAUUACUCCUUUUAUACAAAAGAACAGACAAACGAAAAAUAGCCGAUGUCCUACUCUUAAUGGAAAAAGAAAACAUAAAGCCAUCACUUUUCACAUAUAGAUUAUUAAUCGACACUAAAGGCCAAUCAAACGACAUAGCGGGAAUGGAACAAGUUCUUGAAACCAUGAAAACCGAAGGGUUGGAACCCGAUUUAAGAUGUCAAAUUGUUUUAGCCAAACAUUAUAUCUACGGGGGUAUAAAAGAUAAAGCAAAAACCGUUUUAAAAGAGAUCGAAGGCGACAAUCUUAAAGAGAACCGAAGGGUAGUUUCGUCUUUGUUACCUGUAUACGCAUUACUCGGAAGCGAAGACGACGUGAAACGAGUUUGGGAAAUUUGCGAAUCCGACCCGAGACUCGACGAGUGUUUAAACGCGAUUGACGCGUUCGGGAGAUUAAAAAAAGUGGAGGAAGCGGAGGUGGUGUUUGAAAAAAUGUCGAAAAAAUGGAAACAAUUAUCGGCGAAAUAUUACACUGCGAUGUUGAAAGUAUACGCGUAUAAUAAAAUGUUGACAAAAGGGAAAGAUAUGGUGAAGUUGAUGAGUGAUAACGGGUGUAGGAUCGGGCCUUUGACUUGGGAUGCUUUGGUGAAGUUGUAUUUGGAGUCGGGGGAGAUUGAGAAGGCGGAUUCGGUUUUGAAAAAGGCUUCGGAGCAAAUUCAAGGGAAGCCAUUGUUUGCUACUUAUAUGAUGAUUUUGGAUCAGUAUGCUAAAAGAGGUGAUGUACAUAAUGCUGAAAAGAUUUUUUAUAGAAUGAGACAAGAUGGGUAUGUGUCGAGGUUUAGGCAGUAUAAUUCGCUUUUGCAAGCGUAUAUAAAUGCGAAAGUUCCGGCGUAUGGGUUUAGGGAGCGGUUGAAGGCAGAUAAUGUGUUCCCGAGUAAGUCGUUGGUGGGACAGCUGGCGCAGGUUGAUGCGUUUAAGAAAACCGCGGUUUCUGAUUUGCUUGAUUAGUGAGGUAAUGGCCAUGUAUUUGAUUUCCGUUUCCAUUUCAUACCUCAAGUUACUAGAGACACGCUUACUAUCUUGUCAUUUGUCUUACCAAAGACCAUUUAACCUUUUUAUGCAUCUAGGUCUUUUAUUUUCAA